UCAAUCAUCGCACAUGUGUUUCUGUAUCGUUUAUAUUUAGUUUAGAAUGGUUUUUGCUCACAGGCGCUUUGUCAACAACUGAUUUCAAUAUUGUUUUUUUUUCUGCUUCGGCUCAGUCAAAUAUUUGAGGCGGUGCAAUUUAUGCAAUCAGUUCGUCACUCGAAUUUAACUGAAAAGAUAUCAGAUCUGCGGGCAGCUUGAAUGAGAAGAUGAAAUCACACCCACCAUCGGCGCAUAUAGUCGAAUCCAAUUACCUCUCCCGGAACACGCUUAUCUGCUGCGGUAGCUUCGCACUGACAAACAAACACGGAUUGCCUGGUUAAAUAUCACCAGCGAAUACCGUACUGGCAUCAUUCACGGAGACUGAGCUGACGAGUGAUAACAGCAAGUGCAAAAGUUGUAAUGGAAGCUGCCAAGGUUAAGAUGGGCAAAAACCCACGCCAGGAUGCCGGUCUACUGUCGGUUCUGACGUUCUGGUGGACUAUCGAUAUGUUUCGAGAGGGCUCGACCAGAACGCUGGGGCUAUCGGAUCUGUACAAGCCGCUGGAGGAUGACCUCGCCGACAAGCUGGGAGAUCGGCUGGAAAAAAACUGGCAGCAGCAACUUCAAAUAUCACACAAAAAUCCAAAAGUCAAACCAUCGCUUGUAAAAGCAAUAUUCCGCACAUUUCAACGCGAUUGGAUUCUACUGUCCGUUGUUACAGUCUUUGGCGAAAUUAUACUAAGAAUCGCUCAGCCGAUUUUGUUGGGAAGGCUUCUGUUAUACUUCAGGCGACAAUCCGACAUCAGCUACGAGCAGGCGCUUUAUUACGCGACGGGAAUGGUCGCGACGAAAGCCGCCAGUAUCGUGCUGGACAAUCAGUAUGCGAUCAUCACCUGCUUAACUGGCGUUCGAACCCGAAUAGCCGUCUGCAGUCUUCUGUAUCGGAAAUCACUACGACUUUCUCGUAACGCGCUAGGAGAUACAUCUGCCGGAAAAGUUGUCAACCUAAUGUCCAACGACGUCAACCGGUUCGAUAUUGUCGCUUACCUGGUGUGCUACAUGUGGUCCGCCCCUCUGCUGACAAUCGUUGUCGUAAUUCUGCUGUGGUACGAGGUUGGCUGGGCUGGCCCUUUGGGUAUGGUAGUGAUCUUCGCCACAUCGCUGGUACAAUCAUUCUUCAGCAAGCUAACAUCCCGGUAUCGUCUUCUAACAGCACUGAGAGCCGACGAACGAAUUCGGCUGAUGGAUGAAAUUCUAUCAGGAAUUCACGUGAUCAAAAUGUAUGCUUGGGAGAAGCCAUUCGCUAAACUGAUAUCCUUGGCCAGACGAUCGGAGCUCAAAGUCGUACUAAGAAGCGGAUUGAUUCGCGGACUUUUCAUGACCUUCCAACUGUUCACUACCAGAGCGGCGCUGUUUGCAACCAUGAUCGCGCUGCUUCUGAUGCAGGAAGACGUCACUGCUGCCAAAGUGUUCGUCGUAGCUAGUUACCUGAACAUAGUCGCGCACCAGAUGUCCGGUAUGUUUGUGCGAGGAGUAGCGGAGAUAGCUGAAGGGUUAGUAGCAACUCGGAGACUACAGCGAUUUUUGGAGUAUGGUGAAAUUCAGCAGCAGAUUAAGGAAGAAAAGCAAGAUACAAAAUUGCUUCCUGAUGUGGCGAUUUCUAUGCGUUCCGUAACCGCUCGUUGGGAUGCUGCUUGGGAAGGCAAUGAAGAUCGUCCUCCUACGCUAAAUAAUUUGGACAUAGAUUUUCCUAGAGGCAAGCUGAUUGGAAUCGUAGGUCCUAUUGGCUCCGGCAAAUCUUCAAUUUUGCAAGCAAUUCUCAACGAACUUCCUCUUGAAUCAGGAAAGAUUAUUUCAAAUGAAACAAUAUCUUAUGUUAGCCAGGAGCCUUGGCUGUUUGCGGGUAGUGUUAAACAAAACGUUCUUUUCGGUACCCCGAUGGAUAAGAAGCGCUACCGGUCGGUCCUACGAGUAUGCGCCUUAGAGGACGAUCUGGAGCAAUUCCCGGACGGUGAUGAAACCUUGGUCGGUGAGCGGGGAAUUUCGCUUUCCGGUGGUCAGAAAGCUAGAGUUUGCUUGGCACGAGCGGUUUACAAAAUGUCCGAUGUAUACCUUCUGGAUGAUCCAUUGAGUGCCGUAGAUGCCCACGUGGCGAGACAUCUGUUUGAUUUAUGUGUCGGCGCUAAAGGAUUGCUAGGCAGACAAAAAGCAACCAGAAUACUGGUGACACAUCAAGUUCAUUUUCUGGUAGAGUCGGAUUGGAUCAUCGUUAUGAAUGAGGGCAAAGUGGAAGCUCAGGGGACCCCGUAUGAUUUGAUGCAGCAAGGGAUAGACCUGUUAAAUUUUACAGAGCCUGUUGGCCAAGAAAACACGGAUCAUGAUACAAAUUUCAAUCGGCAAGUGUCGCAAAUGUCGGUUGCUUCAUCACUAUCAGAUUGCAAUGAAACCGCAGAGAUUGUCGAUACUGAUCGGGAUGUAAAAAAUGCUGAGCAAACAUUCGAAAAGUCCUCAGAAAAUACACUUCACAGCUCCCUGUUCCUGGAUUAUGCAGCUGGAGCCGGAAGUUGGCUAGUCCUAUGUGGAUUGAUACUACUGUUUCUGGCUACUCAGCUGAUUGUUAGCUUUGCCGACUACUGGGCAUCUUUCUGGGUAUCUCAGGAAGAAUUAAGAACGUUUAUAACUGUUCAGAAUGAUACAAAUACAGCAGAAUCGAAUGUUCCGCUAAGUACAGAAAUUUGCGUCUAUGUUCAGAGUGCGGCUGUCGCUGGUAUAUUUAUUUUCGGGUUGGUUAGAGCUAUUGGUUUUUAUUGUUCCUGUGCACGCGCAUCGCAAUCCAUCCACGAUUGGUCCUUCAAUGGUUUCAUCUCUGCUACCAAGCGAUUCUUCGACACUAACCCCGCCGGACGCAUACUGAACCGCUUUUCGAAAGAUCUCGGUUCUAUGGACGAAUUACUACCGAAAGCAAUUCUAGAUGCAACACAAGCCACACUCGCGAUGGUCGGUGCCAUGCUUGUUAUUCUGGUGGUGCAGCCAUUUUUCGCCAUUCCGAUACUGGUACUGCUUGGAGUUCUUCUGUACGCCAGGAAGAUCUAUAUGGGGACAUCUCAGAAUACCAGACGACUGGAGGGGAUUACCCGAUCACCCGUCUUUACACAUAUUUCAACGACACUGAAUGGUCUACCAACGAUCCGCUCGUUCGGUGUGCAAAAGCUUCUAAUCUCCGAGUUCGACCAGCACCAGAAUGUGAACACCGGAGCCUACUUCAUGUUUCACUGCGGCAGAAUCGCCUUCGGAAUGGUACUGGACCUUAUAUUCUUUACAUUUCUGAUCAUAGUUACGUUCAGCUUCCUACUGAUAGAUACGAAUGCUCUGGGCGAUAAGGUAGGUCUAGUUGUGACACAGAUCACCUCCCUUGCCGGGAUGCUACAAUUUGGGGUGCGCCAAACUGCGCAAAUGUUCAACCAUCUGAUAGCAGUUGAACGACUACUGGAAUACAAGAAUUUACCUGCAGAAACGCAGCCAGCCGAAGACACCAAUCAAAUCAAGAAAAAAGAGUGGCCCUCAAAUGGCCAAAUAAAAUUCCACAAUGUUAGCUUCAGAUAUUUCGACGGGGCACCUCCUGUACUUCGUGGACUAUGUUUUGAAAUUAAACCAAAGGAAAAAGUAGGAAUCGUUGGUCGAACAGGUGCCGGUAAAUCCUCGAUUGUUGGUGCACUUUUUAGAACGGCGAUUGUCGAUGGUGAUAUUACAAUUGAUGGUGUGGGCACCGAUCAAAUCACUCUGGAAACGCUACGAUCCAACAUAUCCAUCAUUCCACAGGAUCCAGUACUAUUCAGCGGGACUCUACGCAAGAAUCUCGACCCGUUCGAUAAGUACUCUGACAUUGAAUUGUGGAAAGCUUUGGAGUUGGUAGAAUUGAAAGACAUUGCCAGCGGCCCGUUGGGUCUUCAAACUUUCGUCGCGUGUGCAGGGUCGAACUUCAGCGUCGGCCAACGCCAGCUUUUGUGCUUAGCCAGAGCAGUCCUGCGGAACAACAAAAUUUUGGUUCUGGAUGAAGCUACUGCCAAUGUGGAUCCCGAAACUGAUCGUCUGAUACAGCUCACCAUCAGAGAGCGUUUCGUAGACUGCACAGUCCUAACGAUUGCCCACCGUCUUAACACGAUCAUGGAUUAUGAUCGCAUUCUGGUAAUGAGCGAUGGAGAAGCAGUGGAGUUUGGAACUCCAUACGAACUGUUACAACUGCCCCAUGGAGUGUUCCGAGAUAUUGUCCUCGCGACUGGAUCUGCGGAAGCGGAGAAUCUUAUCAAUAUGGCUAAGAGAUAGUGGUUGUAUUUUUACAGUACAAGUUAAAGUUACUUAUUAGAUCAAUUAAUGUGAACAAUUAUUAUUGUGUACAAAGUUUGUACUUAUGUCUAAAAUAGGACAAUAA